GAGAGAGAGAGAGAGAGCUUCACUGAGAGUGAGAGUUAGAGAGCAAUGGAGGAGGAGAGAGGUCUCGUGGAGAAGACGAAGGGAAGCGGAGGAGAAGAUGAGCUCCAGGUGAGGACCUUCAAUGAUGCGAUUAGGGUUUUCACCGAGGAAUCCAAGAAGCAGUGGAUGUUGGUGGCGCCGAUCGCCAUGACCGCUCUCUUCACCUACGGCAUCAACUCUUCCGUCCAGAUAUUCGCCGGCCAGCUCAGUGCUCUCCAGCUCUCCGCCGUCUCCACCGCCCUCACUCUCUGCUCCAAUUUAACUUCUGGCUUCCUGCUCAGCAUGGGGAGUGCUCUAGAGACGCUAAGCGGACAAGCGGUUGGAGCAGGGCAAGUAGGCAUGCUCAGCAUUUAUAUGCAACGUACAUGGAUCAUCCUCAUCAUCUCCUCCAUCCUCAUGUUACCGAUCUUUAUCUUUGCGACCCCCAUCCUCUCCAUCCUUGGCCAACAACCUGAUAUAGCCUUCCUCGCUGGCCGCUUUGCCCUUCUCAUUCUCCCCCACCAAUUUGCCAUGGCCAUUUCCUACCCUUCCCAAAAGUUCCUCCUAACUCAGAGUAAGGUCCUGCCUCUUGCAUUCAUUGCUUUCAUAUCUCUUGCUCUUCAUCUUUGUGCGCUUUGGUUCUUCACCUCUGUCUUGGAAUGGGGCUCAACCGGGGCAGCUAUAGCCUUUGAUGUGUCUUCAUGUGCAAUGGCUAUAUUUCAAGUGAUCUACAUUAUGCUUUGGUGCAAGGAUGCAUGGAAUGGUUUUUCAUGGUUUGCUUUCAAGGACUUGUGGCCUUUCAUGAAGCUCUCUCUUUCAUCUGCUUUCAUGCUUCUCUUGACUGAUUGGUAUGGUGCUCUUGUGGUGUUUCUCGCUGGCCUCCUAAACAAUGCACAGGUUACAGUUGCAUCAGUCUCCAUAUGGCUGAACAUAACUACUUGGGAGUAUAUGUUGGUCACUGGAUUCAUGUCAGCAACAAGUGUGAGGCUGUCAAAUGAGCUUGGAUCAGGCCGGCCGAGGGCGGGGAAGUACGCGAUUAUCGUUUCUGCCUUGACAACACUAUUCAUCGGGCUUUUCUCAUCUGCACUGAUCUUAGCAAGCUGGAACAAGUUCCCACUGUUGUUCACCAGCAGCAAAGAAGUUCAAGAUUCAGCUUCUACUGCAGUUUACCUUCUUGCCACUUCCGUAAUGAUUAUUUGCAUUCAAUCAACAUUGACAGGAGCAAUCACUGGAAGCGGAUGGCAAGGUCUUGUUGCUUAUAUUAACUUAGGUUGCUAUUAUCUCCUUGGCCUUCCUCUUGGUGCUGCUUUUGGAUUUCUCUUUCAUUGGGACUGGCAGGGAAUAUGGACUGGAACGAUGUGUGGUAGCAUAACUCAGACUUUGGUUCUCAUAAUCAUGGUUUGUAAGACCAACUGGAAGGGUCAGGUUGCAGUAGCUGAAAGAAGACUCCAAUUUUGGAGUGGAGAAGAUCAAUAGACAACAGAAUGAUGUCAUUGAGUGCUUAAUUAAAUUGGUAUUAAGGACAUCAAUUAUUGUAAUUUAUUCACAAUAAAUUGUAUUCUUAAACAUUAAGACAUCCAUUGUUGUGUUUUAAUUAAAUUAUAUUAUUGUUGUAUUGUA